AUGGGUGUCUGCUUGCACGAUGCUCCUCAACGUGGCCGUUUAGCUUUGGAAGAACCAGCCCUGACUGUUGGUGCUACCAGUUCCAUAGCAUCUGCGCGAACAGCCUCCUUGUCCUCAGCUUCUCGUCUCCGGUCACAAUCACGCCCCACCCCCACUUCUCCUGCCUCCUCCGCUGCGCUGACCGAGCCCAAAGCCAGGCUCAAAUCACAACCGGCCUCCACUGCUUGGCAGACAUCAUCAUCAUCCUCGUCAGAGCUGUCCUCAAGGCCUCAAUUAAGACCCUUGGUCACCGAUAGUUUGAGCACUGUGGUCAACCCAUCGCCUGAUUACAUUCAGGUUCCCAGUGUUGUUCGCUUUCUGGUGGGCAACCGGGCUGUUGAGCAUCCGCCGUCAAUUGCGUCUUUACAACGGGGCUCUGGCAGCAGAAAGACAACUGGCGAUCCUCGCUGGCGAGCUGAUGCGGUGGCUUCAUCACCCGAAGCUGGGGCUCGAGGACAGUCCAGACAGGAGAAGGCGGCAACCCAGAUGAACAACAGUGGGCUCUGUGGCAAUGGGCUUGUCGACCCGGGGGAAGAAUGUGACUGUGGGACUCGGUGA